CGGGCGGUAGGGGGCGCGCAUCGGGGGCAAGCCGGCCAACUCGGCCUUUUCCGGGGCCUGCGUGGCCUGUGAGACUACAAGGAAGAUGGAGCUAGAAGUCGAGUCUGAGGGGUCCCCCUAACCCCUCUGACCGAGGUCCUGCCGCUUUCGCCGCAGGAACCUCCUUCUCAGGACCUAGUGCGUUCGAGCGCCCUACUGGCCUGGGCCCCGCGAGUGAAAUGGUUGCCAAGGUUCAUGGCGUCGGGCUUCCGCGCGUCCCGUAAAAGGAACUGGGGAGCCUCGGGGGAGCCCCCCACUCCGGGCGCGGAAGACUGCGCUUGGUGAGAAGGAGGCAGAUGUGCAAUACCAACAUGUCUGUAUCAACUGAUGGUGCUGUAAGCACCUCACAGAUUCCAGCUUCGGAACAAGAGACCCUGGUUAGACCAAAGCCAUUGCUUCUGAAGUUGUUAAAGUCUGUUGGUGCACAAAAAGAUACUUACACUAUGAAGGAGGUUAUAUUUUACCUUGGGCAGUAUAUUAUGGCUAAAAGAUUAUAUGAUGAGAAGCAGCAGCAUAUUGUGUAUUGUUCAAAUGAUCUUCUAGGAGAUUUGUUUGGAGUAUCAAGCUUCUCUGUGAAAGAACACAGGAAAAUAUAUACAAUGAUCUACAGAAACUUGAUAGUUGUCAAUCAGCAGGAAUCAUCAGAUUCUGGCACAGCUAUGAGUGAAAACAGGUGUCAUCUUGAAGGUGGAAGUGAUCAAAAGGAACUUGUGCAAGAGCUACAGGAAGAGAAACCGUCAUCUUCAGAUUUGGUUUCUAGACCAUCUACCUCAUCUAGAAGGAGAACAGUUAGUGAGACAGAAGAAAAUUCAGAUGAAUUACCUGGUGAACGACAAAGAAAACGCCACAAAUCUGAUAGUAUUUCCCUUUCUUUUGAUGAAAGUCUUGCUCUGUGUGUUAUAAGAGAGAUAUGUUGUGAAAGAAGCAGUAGCAGUGAAUCAACAGGAACUCCAUCAAAUCCGGAUCUUGAUGCUGGUGUAAGUGAACGUUCAGGUGAUUGGUUGGAUCAGGAUUCUGGGUCAGAUCAGUUCAGUGUGGAAUUUGAAGUUGAGUCCUUGGAUUCAGAAGACUAUAGCCUUAGUGAAGAAGGACAAGAACUCUCAGAUGAUGAUGAUGAGGACUACUGGAAGUGUACUUCAUGCAAUGAAAUGAAUCCUCCCCUUCCACCACAUUGCAAUAGAUGUUGGGCCCUUCGUGAGAAUUGGCUUCCUGAAGAUAAAGGGAAAGAAAAAGGGAAGAUGCCUGAGAAAGCCAAACUAGAAAACUCAACACAACUAGAAGAUGGCUUUGAUGUUCCUGAUUGUAAAAAACCUACAGUGAAUGAUUCCAAAGACUCCUGUGUUGAGGAAAAUGAUGAUAAAAUCACACAAGCCUCUCAGUUGCAAGAAAGUGAGGACUAUUCUCAGCCAUCAACUUCUAAUAGCAUCACUUUUAGCAGCCAAGAAGACAUCAAAGAAUUUGAGAAGGAAGAAUCACAAGACAAAGAAGAAAGUGUGGAAUCUAGUUUUCCCCUUAAUGCCAUCGAACCUUGUGUGAUAUGCCAGGGUCGACCUAAAAAUGGUUGCAUUGUCCAUGGCAAAACAGGACAUCUUAUGGCGUGCUUUACAUGUGCAAAGAAGCUAAAGAAAAGAAAUAAGCCCUGCCCAGUAUGUAGACAACCAAUUCAAAUGAUUGUGCUAACUUAUUUUCCUUAGUAGUGUACCUGUCCAUAAAAGUUGAAUUAUGUAUUUCUAACUAUAUAACCUAAAAAUUUAGACAACAUGAAAUUUAUUUUUAUUUUUUCAUCUAUUAGAGUGAGAAAGUGUCUCACUCUGUGUAGCUAUCUUUUCUGUAUUAUAAUUUACCUACUUUAGGACAGUGGAAUAUUUACUUCCUUUUAGGAUAACCUCAUUUUUUUUGUAUAGUUUUUAUUUGGGUUUUAAUUUAAUUUGAAUUGGAUAUGUAGCUCAUCCUUUACCCCACCACUCAUUUUAAGUAAUUUCCAAUUCCUCUUAAAUGGGGAGUAUCUAAUCUUUUUAAAAAAAAUAAACUAGGGCAUUUCAUUGUAACUUAUUUAGUAUCUUUUUGUGAAAGAAGAAAAAGCUUGCCUGAAACAUGUAUUACUUAUAUUUUAGAUACUUUUAAACCUUCCAAUUCCUAGUUUAUAUUUUUCAGGACCUCUUAAAAUACUCUUUCCAGAUAAAAAAGAAAUUGGUAGUUAAAUUUGGUACCAUGUAAAUAAAAAUGUACUUGACAUCCUCCAGUUCUUCUCAGUAUAGUAAGAGCUAGGUGGUCAUGACGUGAACUGAGAAGUCUUGAGAAUAACCUUCAUUUACCAGCAAGACAGUAAUUUUUAAGGGCUCCCUAGAAGAAUGUGGAAUUAUUCCAAAUAUUAGGCCCUUUCCACACCAAAUUUAGUGAAACCCAUGGCUUUCCCUCAUUUGGAAAGCAAUUUUAAUUUAUUAUUUAAAUGUGAAUUUUAAGAAGAACCAUUUUGAUUUGAGGUCCUAGUGUUUCUCAUGUAUGACAGCUGUACAUACUGAGAUAAGGACUGGAAAAUCAGCUGAUCUUCAAGUUUGCAGUAAAACUGGAAUAAUUUCAACAAACUUGCCUGUGCUGGUUACAAAUAGUACUUGAUAUUAAACUUUAAAAACAAAUACCGUAGGCAUCACUUGAUUUAUCCAAAUGGCUGAAGGAUCAGUACCUUAGCUAAAAAUUGGUCCUCAAAAACAGUAAAGCUUUAUUAAUUUGGGAUUUAUAAUACAUGUUCUAAUAGUAGGAUUAAAUAGAACUGAUAUUUUCUAGAACAGUUAGUAGCAAAAAUGAACACUGUACAUUCAAGAUAUAUUAUUCAAUGAUAAUACUAUUUAUAACUUUAAAUUUAUAACUUUAAAUGUGUACAAAUAGAUUAUGUAGCAUCCCUAUGCAUUCAUUACUGAUAGUAUGUUGAUUGUCUAAAUUUUUAGGAUUAGUAUAUAUAUAUUAUUUAUUCAAUAAUAAAACAAUUUAUAAAAGGGUUUACUACUUGUUUUAAGAAUGUGGUUAUUAGCUCAGACUUUUUCUAUAAUACAAUGAGUUUUGUUAAAUUAGAAAUACUUGAAUGUCGUAUUUUAGGGUAAUCAAAGUGCAAGUCUGAAUGUGUUUCUUCUUUUGGAAAGGUCAUGCCUGUCCACUCACCCCUAGGUAUCUGUGGGAAUGGGUUGGGGUUGGUUCCAGAAGCCCUCCCACAACCCAGUGCCCAUAUUCUUCGAUGUUCAAGUCCCCUAUAUAAAAGUGACUUGAUAUUUACAUGGAAGCCUAUAUACAUCCUCUCAUGUUUUGAAUUGUCUCUAGAUUACUUAGAUUAACUGAUACGAUAUAAAUGCUAUGUAAAUAGUUGUCAUGUGGUAUUGUUUAGGAAAUAAUGACAAGAAAAGGUCUAUACCUGCUCAGAACAGUUUCAGCCUUAGGAGGCUUAAUUACAUAAUCUGUGUUUCUGAUUCAUGGUUGAAUCAGUACACAUGGAACCUACAGACAUGUUGGAUUGAUACACAUAUUGAUACACAUAUCAGCGGGCAACUUGAUGCAGUUGGGAGCUUUCAAAGCAUUGAAUAACACCACCUUGAGAGAAUAAUGUUACAUUUUUGUAGGGGCAAGAAAUGCUACUUUCUCUUUAACUCUUCACUUCUGUUUAGACUUGGCAGACUGACUUGAGUUUUUCUAAGCAAGUGAUAGUGAAAGGUAUGUACCUGGGGCACUUGUCAACAUGAAACACCCUAUUGUAAUUGCCUUUUAUUUUUCUGUGUUUUCUGUGAAGCUAAAUUCUGUGAAGGCAAAACCUCUUGAUUGUGAUAUACACAGAUAGGUGUUCAGUUAGAAUUAAUCAAAGCAGUGGGAUUGAAUCUUGAAGCUGUCUUUAAAAGAAAGACCUGUGUGCCCCAGAGCCAUAUCAAGGUUAUCUGCUGGUUUCAUUUAGAUUUUAUUUUAUUUUUUAAAAAAGUUAUGUAUUUUUGCACAGAGAAAAGGGGUACAGGCCAGAGG